CCGCUGGCAUUGGCAAUAUCCGAAGCGAACAGGGCUCCCGCACCCCAACACCUAAUUUGUGCGCGCGCCCGUGUCACAAAGAGAGUGAAGAGAGAGCAUGGAAGGCUCACCCGCCGAUGCCGCCGGCUCCGGCCGCCGCACGCGCACCCGGGGCGCGGAGGCGUCGGGGCGUGCCGCCGUGCUCCAACAACUCCGCGCCGUUCGCAGUGGUCAAAUUCGUGCCUCCGACGCCAUCCAGGUGAAGGUUGACGCCCCGAUUUACGACACCGUCCCGGAGGAGGAGUACAACGUGCUCGUCGCUCGCCGCCGCAAGGAAGCAGGCGAGUUCAUCAUCGACGACGACGGGCUCGGUUACGUCGAGGACGGCCGCGAGGAGGACUGGAGCCACCGCGCUCUCCCUUCCUCCUCCGACGAGGGAUCUGAAGGCGAGGACGGCGCCCCCCGCAAGCGGAAGCAGACGCGCCCUCCCCAGGCGAAGCGCCAGCCGCAGCAGUCCGCCAAGGUGGCCUCUCUCUCCGCCGCUGCCGCAAAGACGGGCCAGCAGAUCUCCUCUAUGUUCACAUCCUCGGUAUUUAAGGGACGCGGCAGCGACCGCGCCAAGAACUUGGCACUGGCCGCCGACAGCAUCGUGGACGACGUCAUCGCCGAGUUUGCACCUGACGAGAACGACCGUGAGGAGAGGCGGCGACGGGUUGCUAGGGUUUGUGCGCCGCAGCCUGUCCCAACAGUUUCCUACAUCAAGCCUCAAAAGGUAAUUCUCGAUGCUGAAAUGGUCAGAUCGGAGAAUGAAAAUGAUAUGGUGGUGGAAUUGAAGAACGAUACUGAGAUGGAAACCAAUUUGGAAGAAAUUCCUGGUUCUAGUGCUGAAUUGGUGGUUAAUAAGAGUUUGGAGGAGCCGAAGCAGGAGGAUAAUGGGGAAGUAAAGAUAGAAAAGGCACACCGCCUCAAUGCAAAGAUUAAGGCGGAGGAGUGCAGAAAUAAUGAUGUGACGAGUGCAACAGAAGGAUGGAUGAAGAUAUGUGGGAAUGGGGAGAAUGCAGUAGGUGAAGAAGGGGUGGCUGUUGAUGGUAACACCAAUGUGGAUGAAAGUUCAGAGUUUGAGCUGAAAGAUGGAGCACUGCCCUUCUACAUACUGGAUGCAUACGAGGAACCAUUUGGUGCUAAUUCAGGCACAGUGUAUUUGUUUGGGAAGGUUGAAGUUGGCAAGCAAUUCCAUAGUUGUUGCGUCAUUGUAAAAAAUAUUCAAAGAUGCAUAUAUGCUAUUCCAAACCGGUCAGUGUUUCCAAUGGACUCCAUAUCAGGGAUAGAAAGAAACCCCACUGCUGACCUUUUGCCAUCACUUCGAGCAACUCUACAUGAGUUGGCAUCAGGAUUAAAGAGUGAAAUAGCUGACAAAUUGUCAGACCUCAAUGUGUCAAAUUUCAUAAUGACUCCAGUCAAGAGGAAUUAUGCAUUUGAGAGGACUGAUCUACCAAAUGGAGAGCAGUAUGUCCUAAAAAUCAAUUAUCCUUACAAGGAUCCUGCUCUACCAGCAGACCUCAGGGGUGAACAUUUUCAUGCAUUGCUUGGGACAAACAAUAGUGCUCUUGAAUUGUUUCUUAUCAAAAGGAAGGUCAAGGGACCUUCAUGGCUGUCGGUUUCCAAGUUUGUGACACGGCCAUCCACUCAGCGGGUCAGCUGGUGUAAAUUUGAAGUUACAGUUGAUUGCCCAAAGGAUAUAUCUGUUUUGACAACAAGUACAAAUCUAGAAGUUCCUACUGUUGUAGUUGGAGCAGUUAAUCUCAAAACUAUCAUAAAUGAGAAACACAAUGUGCAUGAGAUUGUGUCGGCAUCUCUCAUAUGUUGUCAUCGGGUGAAGAUUGAUAGUCCAAUGCGUCCAGAAGAUUGGCAGAAACGGGGAAUGCUCAGCCAUUUUACUGUUGUGCGCAAACUUGAAGGUAGCAUAUUUCCUAUAGGUCUUGCUAAGGAAGCUUCUGAUAGGAACCAGAAGGCUGGUAGCAACGUGCUAGCACUAGAAAGCAGUGAACGUGCAUUAUUAAAUCGCUUGAUGAUUGAGCUGAGCAAACUUGAUUGUGAUGUACUUGUGGGACACAAUAUUUCAGGGUUCGACUUGGAUGUGCUUCUACACCGUGCUCAGACAUGCAAAGUGCCAAGCAGCAUGUGGUCCAAGAUUGGUCGUCUCAGGCGAUCAUUAAUGCCCAGGCUUACCAAAGGAAGCACACUCUAUGGUUCUGGAGCAAGUCCAGGAAUUAUGUCCUGUGUUGCUGGCCGUCUUCUCUGUGACACCUAUUUAUGCUCUCGUGACCUUCUGAAGGAGGUGAGUUAUUCCUUGACACAACUUGCAGAAACACAGUUAAAAAAGGUCAGGAAGGAGGUUUCUCCACACGAUAUACCUAUGAUGUUCCAGUCUUCAGGCGAACUGCUCAAACUGGUUGAAUAUGGUGAGACAGAUGCAUGGCUUUCUUUGGAGCUCAUGUUUCAUUUGAGUGUUCUCCCACUGACACGACAAUUAACCAACAUUAGUGGUAACCUGUGGGGGAAAACACUCCAGGGUGCUAGGGCUCAGAGGGUAGAAUAUCUACUACUGCAUUCAUUCCAUGCAAGAAAAUUUAUUGCACCAGAUAAAUUUGCACGCAACAAAGAGCUGAACUCCACAAAAAGAAAAAUGAAUCCUGAUACUGGGGGUGCAAAUGCUGAUGAUGGUGCUGCUGAUCCUUCCGUUGAUGAUGAAGUGCAUAAUGGUGAUCAAAGUAAAGCUAGAAAAGGACCUUCAUAUGCUGGUGGAUUAGUUUUGGAGCCUAAGAAGGGUCUAUAUGACAAGUAUGUUCUACUUCUCGACUUCAACAGCCUUUACCCUUCAAUAAUUCAGGAAUUCAACAUAUGCUUUACCACUGUCGAGCGUUCUUCUGAUGGCAGUGUACCUAAUUUGCCAGCAUCAAAAGUUACUGGUGUUUUACCUGAGUUGCUGAGGAGUUUGGUGGAGAGGAGAAGGAUGGUUAAAUCAUGGUUGAAGACUGCUUCUGGUCUUAAAAAGCAGCAGUUCGAUAUUCAGCAACAAGCAUUGAAACUUACUGCAAAUAGCAUGUAUGGUUGCUUGGGCUUUUCCAACUCCAGGUUUUAUGCAAAGCCACUUGCUGAGCUGAUUACACUCCAAGGUAGAGAGAUAUUGCAAAACACUGUAGAUCUGGUUCAGAACAAUUUAAAUUUGGAGGUUAUCUAUGGUGAUACAGAUUCUAUCAUGAUACAUACUGGACUUGAUGACAUCUCCAGGGCAAAAGCAAUUGCAGGAAAGGUUAUUCAGGAGGUGAACAAAAAGUACCGUUGUCUGGAGAUUGAUCUUGAUGGCAUAUACAAGAGAAUGUUACUUCUUAAAAAGAAGAAAUAUGCUGCUAUUAAAGUAGCACUGGAUGGCAGCUUACGAGAGAACAUUGAACGCAAGGGGCUCGAUAUGGUCAGACGUGAUUGGAGUUUGCUGUCAAAAGACAUUGGAGAUUUUUGUCUUAAACAAAUUCUGUCUGGAGGGACAUGUGAUGAUGUUGUUGAGUCAAUACAUAGUUCACUUGUCCAGGUGCAAGAGCAAAUGAGAAGUGGUCAAAUAGAACUCGAAAAAUAUGUUAUCACAAAGAGCUUAACAAAAGCACCAGAAGAUUAUCCAGAUGCUAAAAAUCAGCCUCAUGUUCAGGUUGCUUUGAGACUCAAGCAAAAUGGUUACUCUGGUUGCUCAGCUGGUGACACAGUACCUUAUAUAAUUUGCUCUCAGCAGGACUCAGAUAAUGCACAUUCUGUGGGAAUAGCUCAGAGAGCUAGACAUCCCGAGGAGUUAAAAAGAGACCCUGACAAGUGGAUGAUUGACAUUGACUAUUAUUUAUCACAACAGAUUCAUCCUGUCGUUUCUCGUCUGUGUGCUUCCAUUCAGGGCACUAGUCCAGCUCGUCUGGCUGAAUGUCUGGGCCUUGAUUCGGCUAAGUUCCAACCAAGAUUGACUGAGUCGAGCAACCAAGAUACAUCUAUGAUGCUGUUAUCUGUAAUCGAUGACGAAGAUGAGAGAUAUCGUGGUUGUGAACCACUGCGUUUGUCAUGCCCAAGCUGUUCUGGUACCUUCGACUGCCCCCCUGUAUCUAGUCUGAUUACUAGUGCUAGUGCUACAAGUGUAUCAGAUCCAAUUGAAGGAAAGGAUGCUACUGCUAAUUUCUGGCGCCAUAUGCGGUGCCCAAGAUGCCUAGAUAAUACUGUUGAGUCCAAAUUUUCCCCUUCUAUGCUCGCCAACCAGAUGAAAAGACAGGCUGAUAAUUUCAUUAGUCUAUAUUAUAAAGGUUUGCAGAUGUGUGACGAUGAGGGUUGCAAAUACUCGACUCACAGCGUAAACCUUAGAGUUAUGGGGGAUUCUGAGAGAGGAACUGUCUGUCCUAACUACCCACGCUGCAACGGUCGCCUAGUAAGACAGUACAAGGAGUCAGAUCUGUACAGGCAACUAUCAUACUUUUGUUAUGUACUUGAUGCAACCCGGUGUCUUGAAAAGCUGGACCAGAAGGCAAGGCUCCCCUUCGAGAGAGAGUUUGUAGCAGUAGGCCAAACAAUUAAAUUGGCACUGCUAGAGAUCCAGAAAAUCCGAGACAGAUGUGCAUUUGGAUGGGUUCAGCUAAAGGACCUUGCCGUAUCAAUAUGAUGUUUUUCUUGUGUGAAAGGGCUCAAUUAGAUAAGUUUGAAUUAACCGUGCAAGAAAUUCAUCUCUCUGUAGGUUAUUCUAGAUCUCGUUGGUAAAAGGAACAGGACACGGCAAACGGUGUAUCGAAACACCAGCCGUCUUUGGUAUUUCCCUGCGUGACAGACCUUGUAUCAUCUAUACAUGUGUUUUAGCCAGUGGCUGUAUUGUAC